UUGUAGGCAUCACGUGAUUCGUCAUGGCGGCCUGAGGCUGCUAGCCUCCGUCGGUCGUUCGAAAAUUCUCAGCCUUCGCUUCUAAAGAAAAUUCCCCGUCAUCGCCCGCAUUCUCCGCCGUCACCAUGGCAGGCACCACGACGUCCAAGUGGACCGUGACCGCGACCACCCUCAUAUCCGUGCUAGUCAUUUUCUACGCCAUAUACUACAAGAGACAGGCCGACGACGUUCUACGUGAGAGGCUGCAGCUAAUACUCGACGGGCUGCUCAAAGCCGAGAGUCAGGUCUCCGUGGCGCCCAAGACCCGCAUAGCCAUCGGCUUCGGCUCCUGUCAGGACCUGAUAGUGCAGAGUUCCGAACUGUUCGCGCACAUCGAGCCGCCCGACGAUCCGGAACACAUCGAUGUCAUCGACAGCGAGCGCGAUCUUCAGCGCGUCUUCGCCUACUACUUCCGUCACGGGGCAGCGGCCGAGCGAUUUGUUUCCAACACGACGCUAUUUGCCGAGCUCGUGAAGGCGGCAAAGAGCGCCGACAGUGCCGAGUUCCACAUUGGGGGCAAUGCGCCCUUGAUGGCGCGGCGCUUUGCCUACGAGGGCUGCGAAGUGCUCCUUGGGGCUCACAUGUCACCCAAGCUGCGCGCUGAGCUGCCGGAGGGCAUCACUGUGGCGGGACCGGAAGUGAGCGACGACGAGGUUCACCUGCUCAUCGAGUACCCGGCUGGCGAACGGUGGGGUCAUCUUCACUCUCCACGUGCCAACAGGUUCAUAAUCCACAAUGACCACACCAAUCCCAAGUUGGCCUCCAUCGAAAGCUUUGUGCCGGAGCUGGAAAAAUUCAAGCCGAAGCUGUUGGUUGUGUCUGCACUUCAGAUGAUGGACAACUUCCCAUUUGAAAAAGGCCAGAGAGAGAAGCACGUCCGUGAAGUCCAAAACCUGAUGAAGCGCACUGACCAGUCCGUGCCACUGCACUUCGAGAUGGCCUCGUACACGGACACGUCACUGCUGCACGAGCUGGUCGAGCACGUGCUGCCGUACGCCGACUCACUGGGCAUGAACGAGCAGGAGCUGCCCAACCUGCUGAGCAUCCUCAAGUACGGCAACGUCUCGUACGUCUCCGACUCGUACCCCCGGGUCGCCACCGUCCUCGACGCCAUGCGCGACGUCUACGAGUUACUGAAGGCAAAUUCUCCGAAGAAAGGCAGCACCAAUCCAGGUGACGAAGGUCGGAGGCCGCUCACCCGCCUACACAUCCACACGCUUGCCUUCCAGGCUAUCCUCGUCGCCAACGACUCGCCGUGGAAGAACUCGCUCGCCGCAGCCGCGAAGGCAGCGCUCACUGCCCACCGUUACACUUGUGGCUCGCACGACAUUGAUACAACACAUGCGCGGGUAAUCAUGGAUGACUCGUUCACAACGAGCCGUGGCAAUGGUGGUCGCCGCAUACCAUUCAACAACGAACGGCCCGUCGCCUGCUGGCAGGAGCGGGACUUCGAGAUCUGCGUCGCACCGGUACUUGUGUGCACCAAGGUCCUCCAUACUGGUGGAGGCGGGGACAACGUGUCAGCUGCUGGUAUAGUACUCCAAGUCUAGCAGCAGCUCCGGGCUGACCGUGAGCCAACGACAGCCAAAUUGCAAGCCAUUUCUCAAGUGGUUGUAUAAUAGCAAACUUUUGGAAGUCACAGGGCGUUUUGGACCCUGCCACCAGUGUGGAAUAAUUGGCUUCAUCAACUCCGUGUUUUGGUUGUUUCUUAACUGGGAGGAAGUGACGGCUGAGGUUUAAGAUGUUUCUUGAUGGGCAGCAUUGGGAGCCUAUCAUAUCACUACUCCAAUAUAGCUUAUAAACUUUAUCCCUAUCACAAGAAAGCUGAUAAAGAUUGUUUUAGUUGAGCUAGUUACGUUAAUAGUACCAGGCAUUGGCCACUUGCUGUGUUGAGGGCAUCUGAGACAGUGAAAUGGCAGCACUGAUUGCUGCAGUUGUUAGUUGGUCAUUGUAGAGGCAGUUGUACAUUGAGGCUUAUUGUAUUUGUUCUAAUAGAUACUUCCAGAAAAACUUGGUUCUUGUAUCGGUCGCACCUAGAUCCUGUCUGGGUUCACGGUUUUGAUUGGUUUCCUCUACAUAUUGCCCUAUUGCGCGCCAAUUCCGUUUUCACCAUUGGGGUGUUAAAGUCUACAUUCCUCUGCAGUGUAAGUCGCAUUUUCUUAGGCUAAAUUCGGUUUUCUCUAUCAUUCUUGCUUUCUUGUUGGGUUUCAGCUUGAGUGACAUGUAUUGCAGUUCAUUAUAGAAUGCAUAGUGCUCCCAACAUAUAACCAGUUCUUUCUUAUUUAUUUUUAAGUGUCCGUAGAUUUUUCUUGCAAGCUGGAUCCAUCAAAUCAAAUCAACGUUUUUACCAUUAUUUACGUGUUGGCAGCAGUUAGGUUAGGUUAGACAGCCACGCAAAAGCACAGGAACAGAAGCAACAUAUUGCUAGACUUUGCCAUUUACCAUAUUUUCUGGACUAUGUAGUUCACAGCGGCACAUUUGAGACUGUAGUUUUUUUUAUUAUUUAUUUAGUUAGCAGCCACUGUAUAGUCUAGGAUGAAUUCCGACUGAAUAUAUGUAUAUUUUUUUUUUGCAACCGGUAUACUAUCAGCAAAAUAUAUGUGUUAUCAGUCAGUAAAACCCUGCUUUCUUUAAUAUAGUGCAUAUUGUUAGACUUCGAUAAAUGAAUGCACUAACAAUGCAACAUAAUAAAAUGUUCCAGAUGCAUUUAAGCCAGGCUUAUUUUUUGCAGAUGUGUCUACGAGGGACACUAAAUGGAAAAUAUAUUUGUGAUGGGUUAGUAAAUUGCCCUUCAACAAUAUCAAAAAAGCUGCUCUUACUGUGUGAAUAUGGUUCUUUUUACCAAAACAAUGCAAAAACACAAAACUGGUGCGAAGCCUCCUGAAAAUUUCCAUGCUAGCUAGCCAUGACGUCAUGAAUGUCAACACCGCCUCCUAAAACCUAGUUAAGCUUUUAGUCGUAAAAAUGAAUGACGUAUUCCGAAAGAGCCAAAGACUGAACCUUAGGAAGUUUCAUAAACAUUUACUGAACCACAAUGGCAUAAAUGCAUAGAAAAGAACUUUGUCAUCUGUGACGUCACUCUGGGGUGCCGACCUGUGGUUUCCAGCACAAGAUUUGAAAAUGAAUCUUUCACCUUCAUUUUCUCUUAAUAAUCAACCUAUUAUUUCAACAUCAACGAAACUAGAGUUCUUAAAAAAUAUUUUAAUAAUCUAAACUGAUCCGCUUUUUCUUUUGAGUGUCAAAAAAAAACAUUAUAUUGAAAUACAGUGAUAAUUUCUACACAUAGCAGGUACUGUACAUCUGAUGAGGUAGAGAACCAUAGUCCCUUCCCAAGAAUGCAAAUUCGUUCGCUGACAAGCAUGUAUAAUGCCACUCUGAUAUCCUCACAUGUUUUCUACGAUACAAUCUACAGACCUACGAUCCAAAUGGGUUAUUUUCCUUGUUCUCUGCUGCAAACAUGAACUGGGAAAAUGAGUGAGUGAGGAGUGUAUCAACAAUUUUCUGCUGCAAUUUGCUGUUUAUGCUAGACCUGCUUCCUCGGGGUGUCGUUUUUGUGUUGUUGCAAGGUUGUCAGACAUACUGUCGAAAACGCAAAUGGCAAGGCAGUCAGCUAAAAGCGAAGAGCUCUUUACUUUCUUGGUAGGAGGCAGCAACAAUUUUCUCUAGCAACAAUACAUAUGUUUUCUUUUGCGCAUCAGAUAUGGCAUAAAUGGUGCUUAUGUCGGAAGGUGUGCUUGAAUGCCAUGUUUUGUGAUGAACAGGAUCGGGCUUUCUUGUGAAAUGCCGCCAGCCUUUCUACUCGAUUUAUUUUUCCAAUAUAUUGUUUUCUAAUUGCUUUUUUGAGAUAGAGGUUGAGUAUGUGAGAUUCUUUCAUGGGGAAAAAUGGGAAAAUGUGUUCUUUUUCCAUUGAUUGUGUGUACUUUAUGUGCGAGAGAUAGGAUGUAGCCAAGCAGUUGGGCAUUGAAUUUUGUAAUGACGAGUUUGUGUGCAUCACUGAGUGUCGGUUGUUGGAAAUGUUUACAAAUGUGUAUGUACUCCUCACCAUAAAAGCUUCUUGGAGCGUGGCAUCCGGGAAAGAAUAAAAUUUGGCCGUAGCCAAUAUGUUCACACCUGAAAGGGAGAGGUGUGCUGUAUGCAGGAGAUCCUAAAGUAACAGAAAAAGUAAAAGAUGGAAAGUGUAAAAGGUUAACUAAGUUUGCAUAGUACAGACUGUAGCAAGAUGUGCUUUUUGCAGGAAUGUACCAAAAACGAUACAUUUAGUAACAAAAAAAAGUUGGUUACAUUUGACGGGUGGUGCUUCAUUUGUGUUGCAACUUCAGUUGUGCCACGACAGCGCCGCCUUUUGCAGGCAAAUGUAACAACUCUGGCUAUAUGAUUUCUUAUUACUGAAAAAACAAAUAUUCUACAUUUUCUUCAUUUCUUUAUUCCUGUAAAUUCACAUCAUCUUAUGGUUUAUACCUUCCAAAUUUAAUUUAAUUAAAAAUUUUCUGUUGCUUUUGUAAACCCAGCAAUUCCACAUAGUGCUGUCAAAUUCCAAGCUUCAGUUCCUCGCCUGUUAAAGCAGCAACAGAAUUGAACAUUUUUCAUAAACUGCCCGCUCCAAAACUUUUUUGUGGUCAGGUGCACAUCUAUGAAAUCUACAGAGCCUCCACUCACUGUUCUGUAUGUAUAGUGAACCACAUGUUUCAGCAAACAGCUAAACAGCAGUUCUGAGUUUUAACUUGCUAAGGAAUCUGAGAUGUUAUAACUGGCCCGACUUUCAUUAUUGACUAGGCUCAAAAUAGCUCACUUCCUGCACGGAGAUAUAAUUUCAGAGUGUAGUACUGACAACUUCAACAAUAUUACCUCAGCGGGACACACAAAUUUGUGUUCAACAAUAUUUGAAUUAAAUGAAGUGUUUUAAAAAGCAUGAGCACCUUUUGAUGCAUUGAAACAGGGUUGAAUUGAAAAGAACAUAAAGCUAACCUAACAUCAAAUUAAUGGAAGCCAACUGUGCCCGUGCACUUGGCUUGUAUACUUGCGUGGUUCUUCAGGUAGUUCAUGGAACAGAAUUUUUAGAAUCGGCAGUAGUUCAAGGUGAAAGCUAAGUUACCAACACGAAAGAUUAGCUAUGCUGUGGCUAUGCCAAUAGACGAAAGUACUAGUUUGCUAGGCUAUCUUGGGCAACCUUGUUUCACUUGCACCAUUUUAGUUCUUGCAGGUGAUUGUUAACAUGGAACAUGAUUGAGCUGUUUGUUUGAAUGUGUCAAUCAGUGUACAUUUUAUUUUUAAUUUUAUUGCUGAAUAUGCAUUGGAAGUUAACUUUGUUGUAUUUGCUUGCAUGUUGCAAUCUAUAAGUUUUCUUUUCAAGUGGUACUAAGUGCUUGAAGGUAUGCAGAUAUGUAUGCUGCAGUGCUGUACAGUCUAUUAUACUUUUUCUGAUUGCAAUGCAGCCAAACAGAAAAUAUUGGCAUUAAUUGUCAAAUAGAAAGCAAUACAGUCAAAUCUCAAUAUAGCACUGAUAUAACAAAUUAUCAGAUAUGCCAAAGCAAAUCUCAAAUGUUUUUCGCCAAGACGUUUGUAUAAUGAUCAUAUGCUUAUAAUGAAUAUUGGAUAUAGCAGAUUUUUUUUUUGUGUUGACCGUUGCUAUAAUGAGGUUCUACUGUACCAGGGCACCAAUACCGAAUGUUUCAGCUCAGUUCCGUCUUUUGGAUCAGCUUGGAACGUUUUUAUGGCACUUACUUACGAAGAUCCUGCUUAAUGGGCUUCUUUUCUACUACCUUAGGGCAUUUUACAUUGGCAUUCAUUCCCAAGUGUCAUAUCAUUGCUAAGUGUUUCUUUGGGCUAUUUAUUGGGAGGCCCCUUACUGUUCCCAGAAUAUUUUAUAAGAGCUGAGCAAUUCUCCGAGUUCAUCAGGUAAAGAGAUAGUAUGUGUUCAUUAAACUUAGAAAAAGCUUCUAAAUGAAUUGUGCUUAACUUGGCAAAGACUAUUAGUGUUCUAGCACUUUCAUUCUGAAUGUGGCAUUGUAAAGUGCAGGCUUUUACCACAUAGCUUAGUGCAAUGUGUGUAGCAUUGUGCUUUCGUAAUUUUUAUGAUAUGAGUAAGAACUUUUCAAUUGAAUCUUGCAAUGUGUGAGUACUGCUUUUUGAGGACUUAUAGUUAUGAGUAUCGAAACUUGUUUUUAGUUGACAGUUAAUCCAGGCGACAUGAAUUACUAUGUAUCGCAUGGGAACACUGCAUGUUGCGCGUUUCUUUUUUUCAGACAGGUAUAUUUUAGAAUAUGUGUAUUAUGCUGAAGUGACAAGCCGCUUCAGCAUAUUUUAAACAAAGGUUUUGCCAUGGUUAGUGUAGGCACUUGCGACGAGAAACGAUUGCAUUGGGAAAAACCAAUGCGCUACCGUAGUUAUGUUUAUACGUGGCUCAGUUGUGGCAGGUGUGUUUAGAAUUGAGGUGUAGGGACCAUGGGAGUCUUUGUAUUACCUGUCAUUUUGCUCUUAGGGCCCAAAUAUUUUGUAUUGUGAAACUUUUGAAAUGUGAUAGAUGUCCCAACUCCAGUUCUCUUUUUCUCCUUUAUUGGGAUGGUAAAGGCAUUUCGCGAGGCUGUACUAUAUGGGAAACCACAUCUUGUGGACCGAAAGCUGUGACCAAAGUAAGGCACAAUUUCAGAGCUUUGAACUGAGUUUUGGUUUGACAUUCUUUUUUGUACGAUGAGAGUGAAGGUUGAAAUAAACACGCCUUUGAAAUUA